GUGGCUGUUCUCUCGUGUUGUGAUGUUCUUGGCUGUUGUGCGCUUUCAACUGUUGAGUUUCUGUCACCCCUACAACCCCAGCUGACAAACAUGAUGUCAAGUGUCCCAGAAAUUGCAUGUGGUUCGGGUUGUCAUCUUCUGUAAUAAGAAUGUACAAGGAAGAUCACUGAGAAAUAAUGGAGGAAUUUCUGAGCACGCUCCGUGAUCAUGAUGUCAGCUCUGUCCUGUCAUCCUGUGAGCCGGAAUUACAGGAGCUGAUGCGGCAGAUUGACAUCAUGGUGGGGCACAAGCGGCGUGAAUGGGAGGCAGAGGUUCAAGCCAUGGAGCUGCGUCUGCAGAACACGCAGGAUGAACUCCAGUCAGCCAGAGCUCUGCUCGACAAGAGGAGCUCAGAGACGCUUAGGGUGAGGGAGAUGAUGAUGUCCCUGCUGGAUCUCCAGGAUGGUGGGUUCCAAAUGUUGAAGUUGGUAGUGGAAAAGGGGUUACAGCAGAUCCGGGUCCUGGGAAAGCAGCUAGAUGAGAUGCAAGCUGGAAAACAAGAGCUGGUUGUGAAGUAUGAAGAACAGCUACAACAUGUAAAAGAUGAAUUGUCUAAAUUAAAACACAGCUAUGAAAAGCUACAGCGUAAGCAACUGAAAGAGGCACGAGAAGGAGCUCUGAGCAGGGAAGAGGACAGGACUGAACUGUCCCGCCUCAAAAGCAAGCUGGAGGAGUUUCGUCAGCGUUCAGCAGAUUGGGAACAGCAAAGACUUCAGUAUCAGAGACAAGUGACUUCACUGGAGGAACAAAGGAAGAACCUUGCUGAGCAGUUUGCUCUCAUCCAGUCUCAUAGUGUAGGUCGGACACAGGAGCAUGGGGAACUGCAGCGGCUGCGCUCUCAGCUGCAGAGGGCUCAGGACAGCCUACACACGCAAGAACUGGAACUGGAGAGACUUCGGCUGCUUCAGGAUGAGCUGGGAGACUCCAUUAAAGAACAGCAGGUCAGCUGCCCCGCUGCAGCUCACAUACGGGGACAGGUUUUGAGUGAAGAACGAGAGGAGCUGAAAGCCACACUUGACGCUCAGGAUCAGUUUGUACGUAGCACAGGAAUCCAACAGCAGCAGUUACGACGGGAAGUGACCCGACUUAACCAAACUCUGCAAGCAAAAGAGCAAGUCAUUAGGUCUCUAGAGGAAUGUUUAGCAUCACACGGUUUGUCUCCAAACUUGGCCUCGCUUAGACAAGACCUGGAGAAAGUCACAACCAAGUUGAACAGUUCCCAGACUUGUGAGAAUCACCUGAAAGCUGAGGUCAUCAGACUUCGAGAGAAGUUGGAGAGCAUGAGAAAGCAUAAAGCAGAGAUGAGCAGACGAGAAAAUGAGUGGAAACAGAUGGAGGAAGAACACGCUCGCUGUACAGCUGAAAUCAAAUGUUUGCGUGCAGAGCUUGAGAGGGCCGAACAGACUCGUUGUGGCGUUGGGGGAAUGAGAAAGGAGGUGUCUCAGUUAACCAGCGAACUUCAUCAGCGUGACAUCACCAUUGCCACACUCACUGGCUCCGCCUCCAGUAUUGAGCGACAGCUACGGGCAGAAGUAGAGCGAGCAGAACGGCGGGCAUCAGAACUUAAGGUGACAAAGGUCCAGCUUGAAACUCUAAAGCUUGAGAAUCAGCAUCUGAAUGAUCUUCUUGAGAGAGUUGAGUCAAGAUCACCUAAGAGGGGUGACGGGGAGCUGGCGAGUCUUAGAGACAGCUACGUGUCAUCUCUGAACAGUUUGGAGGAGGAAAACAGGCAGCUGAGGCUGGAAAUUACCGAGCUACGAGCUCGCAUGGAGGUCAACAGCCAGACAUGGCAGGACAAGUACGAGAGAGCAUUAAUACAAAAUCAGAACAAGAACGCUCAGAGCAGAUCUGAUGAGGAUGUACAGCGCAGACACCAGGAGGAGCUGCAGGCCAUGGAGACUCGGAUGCAGGAAAGAGCUUCACACUACGAGGACCAAAUACAGACGCUCCUCAAACAGCUUGAGAACCUGUCGCGAACUUCCCCUCAACGCCCUGAUGGCCAAUCACAAGAGAGCAGGAUGGCUGUGUCCCCGGCCCAUUCUUCUGCAUCAUCUGCCUCAUCUUCAUCUUCAAGUCGUAAAGCACACAGGAUGGCAGCCCUUCUUAAUGCAGCGGUUAAUGGAGAGGAAGGUCAAGCCUCCAGCUCAGUAGACAACUUUCUGCCUUUGGACUCCACUGGAUCUCCAAAUGCCUCAGUGACUACACGCUUUCUGGAAGAGGAAACGCUGCGGUCUCAAGAGCUGCUUCAGAGACUGGACGCCCACAUUCAGAGCAUGAAGCAGGAAAACACCAACACAGUCUCCAAAUACCUGGGCAAAGACGGCAGCCCCCGAAACGGCCACUGAGUGCCUUGAUCUGAACUUGCAGAGAUAUAUACAGGUGAUGACCUAUCUGUAUGGCCAUUUCUAUUUGAGAAGAAGAAUGUUUUGGCAGCUAAUCGGGAUUCAUAAAUGCUGCGAGAUUGGACAAGACUCUUAUUACAUAAGUGCAGCCAAAAUGACACCAAAGCAGUGCCAAACAACUUCUGUUCCAAAAGUGCCGAAUACCUCUGUUUAUUGUACUAGUGAAGGAAUGAGCGCAUAUACACUCCCUGUUCCCUGUACCUCGACCUUUGACCUUUCACAUGGCCUUCUGCAUCUACCGCCAUCGUCUUUUUGAGCACUUUAGACAUCCGUACUGUUUUGCCGUGCCUUAUUUUCCUUUCUUAUGCAAUCAAUAUUUAUGUACAGCAUAACCUAACAUUAAAAAAACAUGUUUUUUGUAAAUCUACUGACAUGAUUGUGAAGAGUGUGUGUUUUAAAGGUUGAAUUAAAAGCGUGUUUUCAUA